AUGUCCGAAGAUGCUAAGGUUCAUAAGAGGAUUCUGUCCAUAGAUCCCACGAAUUCUUCUACCAACGAACUCAAUUAUUCUCACGCUGCCUUUGAGGAAGAAAAUGAUGGUUUACUCCCCAUUUCUCAUCAAGACCUUAAUGAAAAGCAAUCUAAAAACACUUUGAAACCAGCUUCUAAUGCCUCCGCAAACUCUAAACCCUUACCUAGAAAAGACUAUAAAGCUUUUGCAGUCUUGGUGAUACUCUAUUUACUUCAAGGUGUUCCAGUUGGUUUGGCAUUUGGAUCCAUUCCUUUUAUCUUGAAAUCUAAAUUAUCAUAUUCUCAAGUUGGGAUAUUCUCUCUUGCAAGUUAUCCUUACUCCUUGAAAUUACUCUGGUCUCCUAUAGUUGAUGCCAUCUACUCUCCGAAAUGGGGGCGUAGGAGAUCUUGGAUUAUACCAAUUCAGACCAUAUCGGGUUUAACUCUCAUUUAUCUAGGUCUUAUUAUUGACGAUUUAUUGGAAGACCCCCAAUCUCAUCUUACCACAAUCACUGCCUGCUUUUUCCUACUUGUGUUCUUCUGUGCUACCCAAGAUAUUGCAGUUGAUGGCUGGGCAUUGACCUGCCUAUCCCCAGAAGCAUUAUCGUACGCUUCAACUGCUCAAACAGUUGGUAUAAACUCGGGUUAUUUUUCAUCCUUCACAAUAUAUUUGGCUUUGAGUUCUCCCGAUUUUGCUAAUAAGUAUAUUAGAUCUACUCCUUUGGAUACUGGACUUUUCCUGAUGGGUCAGUAUUUAAGCUUUUGGGGCUGGAUGUUUCUUAUUGUUACUGCCUUAUUAGUGUUCAUCCCGGAAGAUCCUCCUCAUUUGGCCAAGACUAAUGCUGCAAAACUAGCUAAUGAAAAGGCAAAGGUUGAGGAUUAUCAUAAUACGAGAAAAAAUUAUUUCAAUGAAUUGAAACACGUCUAUUACUCAAUGUACCAGGUUUUAAAAUUACCAAAUGUUCAAACUUUCGUGGUUAUAUUGUUAACUGCAAAAUUCGGUUUUCAAGUUAAUGAAGCAGCUACCAAUUUAAAACUUCUUGAAAAAGGUUUAUCAAAAGAAGACUUAUCCAUUACUGUUCUUAUCAAUUUCCCCUUUGAAAUGCUCUUUGGAUAUUAUGCUGGUAGAUGGUCUACAGGUAAGCAUCCUUUGAAACCUUGGGUCAUUGGAUUUGCUGGUAGACUUUUCGCUGCUGCAUGGGGUCAAAUCAUUCUUCUUAUGUAUCCCCUGAGCGGAGAAGUUGGAGCUGGUUAUUUUCUCCUAGUUAUUUUGCAACAUUUAUUCGGUUCAUUCAUGUCUACAAUUCAAUUCGUUUCUCUUUGUGCAUUCCAUACCAAAAUUGCUGACCCGGCAAUAGGUGGAACUUAUAUGACUACCCUUAAUACAUUAUCAAAUUAUGGUGGUACUUGGCCUCGUCUUAUCAUUUUUUUCUUGAUUGAUAAGUUUACAUCUUCGACUUGUGAAUAUUCCAACAAACUGAAAUCUUAUCAAAUAUAUCUGGAAAGUAUGAAAGAACAAUGUAAGGAAAUGGGGGGAACUGUGAAUGUAUGGAGAGAUGGUUACUAUUAUACUAAUGUUCUUUGUAUACUGAUAGGUAUUUUGAUUCUUUUAUGGGCUAAGAAAAGAACGGCUUAUUUACAAUCCUUACCAUCUAGUGCAUGGAGAGUGAAGCAAACUUAA